ACGAUGCGGACGUUGCUGCUGCUGUAUCUGUGUGUGUACACGGCCUGGGCUCAGGACAAUCUGGACUAUGAUGACUAUGACACAGACUCAAAGAGCAAGCCAGCAGAAAAUGCAACAGAAGUAGGUGCUCGUGGUCACCGUCCAUUAACAAGGGGCACGGAUCGCUACAGCCCUAACCGCUACGUCCCGCCGCCUAUCAGUGGUGGCUCAAGGUAUCGAGGCCGCCCCGCCCCAGCUCCAACUGGACAACCUCAGGAAGAAGAGAAGGUGACGCAGCCAGAUGCCGGAGGAUGCACGCAUGCGUCAGAGGAGAUGGGUGUUUUGUGUCCCAAUGGCUGUGAGCUGAAGACCACACUGCUGAAGCAAGAGAAGAACGUCAAGAUGUCCAUUGGGGAGCUCAAGCCUCAGGUGGAUGAGUUGUCCCGAGCAUCCAACAACGUCUACAACUACGUCAACAGCAUGUCCAAUUCGCUGAGGGAGAGGCAGCGAGUUAUCAACGACAACAACAGGGUGGUUGGUCAGUACAGCGAUAACGUAGAGGAACAACAUGCCUACAUCAAGGAGACGGUAGACACUGUCUUCCCCUCCAACAUCAGAGUGCUACAGGGAGUCCUGGAAAAGAUCAAGUUGAAGAUCCAGAAGCUGGAGAAGGCCAUCCAUGCCCAGAGCGAGGUGUGCAAAGAACCAUGCAAAACCAAAUGCCCCAUACCAGUGGUGUCCGGUAAGGAGUGUGAGGACAUCUUCCGUCGUGGAGGAACAGACUCCCAGAUGUACAUGGUCCAUCCUGACACCUUCUACCCACCGUACAAGGUCUUCUGUGAUCAGACUACCCAGAAUGGAGGAUGGCUUCUCAUUCAGAACAGGCUUGAUGGCAGUGUUGACUUUGGCCGACGCUGGGAUGACUAUCGACGUGGUUUCGGCAAUGUUGCCUUCGAUUCUGGCAAGGGUCACUGUGAGACUCCGAGUGAAUACUGGCUGGGUAAUGACCGCAUUAGUUACUUAACCAAGAUGGGUCCCACUGAGGUUCUCAUUGAGAUGGAGGACUGGUCAGGAGCCAAGGUCUACGCCCAGUAUCAACAAUUCACCAUCCAAUCAGAUGCGUCCAAUUUUGUAUUGGCAGUCGAUGGUUACUCCGGUAAUGCUGGCAAUAGUUUCAUGGAAGGAUCCUCAGAACUCUUUGGUGAAAACCGCACCAUGACGAUUCACAACGGCAUGAUGUUCAGCACCUACGACAAAGACAACGACAACUGGAACCCCGGUGAUCCCUACACACAGUGCUCCAGGGAGGACGGAGGUGGCUGGUGGUACAACCGCUGCCACUCAGCUAAUCCCAAUGGCCGAUACUACAUAGGCGGAGCCUACACUAAACAAAUGGCCAAGCACGGCACAGACGACGGCAUAGUGUGGAUGAACUGGAAGGGCAGCUGGUAUUCACUCAAAGGCAUCAGCAUGAAGAUCAGGCCUUACUUCGCCUCCAGAUAAUCAAGCUGGAGAUAGUCAACACAAACGCACAUGGAACACAUACAGGUGGAUGGACACGCACAUUUACACACAAUUAAACAGGUCGUGGUAUGAAAGUGAAGAAGAAGAAAUCUGUUUUAAAAAACUGCUUAUUAAACAUAAAAAAAA